AAAAAUUCAUUUUUGUCAACAGUGUCGGAAGAGCAGAAUCAUAUUUCAGGUUUUAUGAAUGACACUAAUAGGUUAACUAGCUUGUCUGGCUGCUCCCGUAUGCGACUUGUGCGGUUAGCUUUAGCAGUCGCGCCAAAUUUGAUCAUUAAUAAGACACAAUUCAUGCAAAUACUUAGUAUAAACUAGUAUCUACAUAAGGAAGGUGUUCAUGACUCCGUCAGCUGAGGAGCUGUGUAUAGAUGAUCUAACUGUGUUUGUGUUUACUCCUGAAUCUGGCGGGAAUCUGCUCACCAGGGCUGCUUUGUUAUACGGCAGAAAAAUGUCUAAAUAGCUGUAUUAAAUCGCAAGCCCAGUGAAUUAUGCAACAUUUCUCCACUUUAUCUUGUAGGUGCAUGGCUUGGAAGCUGUUGGUUAUUUUUAAAUGAUUAUUAAUGACACAAGCCAGUGUGGUGUUAAUCAUUCCUUCUCUGUCCCCCUUAUAGCUGUUUAAAAGUGACGUUUGAAGUAAAAUAGUACAUGUACAAUUUUGCGUAUAUUUACAGAAUUAUCCCUAUCUGUAUCUGUUUUAUUGUUAAAUAGAUAAAGUGGUAUAUUAUGCAUCUCUUCCCGCCUUUGUCGUUUAAAGCAGAGCAAGGGAUCUUUUAUUGAUUAUUACACACAUAAACCUGCGUGUCAUUUGUCAUAUUAGUGUUUUCUUGCGGUUUUGUGCGUGUUUGUAUGCGGGUGCAUGUGCAUUUCAAGUGAAUAUGUGCUAUUUAUUAAACCUAUUUGCUGAUUUCUUUCUCAAAGCGCGCCUUUUUUACACAAUCGAAGCAAACCGGUCACAUAUUUGUGUAGAACACAAAACGGCGUUUGAAAGUUCCCGCGAUCCGCAGAUGACGUUAGGGGUUCUGAUUGGCUGCUAGCAUAAGAAAAUGUUAAAUAGCCGCUCGGAAGUUCGCUCUCAUUGGUCGGGCUGGAUCGAGCGCCAAGAACUGAAUAAAAAGGGAGCAGCUGGGAGAUUUUCUCAUUUAGUUUCAUCCCUACGCUUAGGAUUUUCUGCUCUGCGCUGUCUUUUAUUUCUUAGCCUUUCACUCUUUGCUUUACUUUCUACCCUUUUUCGUGUUUUUACAGCGAGAACUUUUUAUCUUUUCUCAAAAUAGACAAUGCUGUCCACUCGCUCUCCCCUCAAAGCCAAGAACGAAAACGGCGUUUCAACAAAAAUGGACUCCCUGUCGCUGGUUGAUAAAGAAAACACGCCCCCAAGUAUGAGCACUUCAAGGAUCCUGGCCUCUAAAACGGCGCGCAAAAUCUUCGCUGACUCUGAGGAGCAAUCCAAACCCAAGAAUGAGAGCGUGGGGGAAGAGCCCCUUCUGAAGGAGAACCCACGCCGCUUUGUCAUCUUUCCCAUUCAGUACCAUGAUAUCUGGCAGAUGUACAAGAAGGCAGAAGCUUCUUUCUGGACAGCUGAAGAGGUUGAUCUGUCCAAAGACCUUCAGCACUGGGAGUCUCUGAAAGAUGAGGAGAGAUACUUCAUCUCUCACGUGCUGGCAUUCUUUGCUGCAAGUGAUGGCAUAGUCAAUGAAAACUUGGUGGAGCGCUUCAUGCAGGAGGUGCAAGUGACAGAGGCACGUUGCUUCUAUGGCUUCCAAAUUGCCAUGGAGAACAUUCACUCAGAGAUGUACAGCUUGCUUAUUGACACAUAUAUCAAAGAUCCCAAAGAGAGGGAAUACCUAUUCAAUGCCAUUGAGACUCUUCCAUGUGUGAAGAAGAAGGCUGACUGGGCCCUCAACUGGAUUGGCAACAAGGAUGCUAAUUAUGGUGAGAGAGUGGUGGCCUUUGCUGCUGUGGAGGGAAUCUUUUUCUCUGGUUCUUUUGCUGCUAUCUUCUGGCUAAAGAAGAGGGGCCUCAUGCCUGGGCUCACGUUCUCCAAUGAGCUUAUCAGCAGAGAUGAGGGUCUUCACUGUGACUUCGCCUGCUUAAUGUUCAAGCACUUGGUGAAUAAACCUUCUGAAAGAACAGUCAAGAAAAUUAUAAUGAAUGCUGUUCAGAUUGAACAGGAGUUCCUGACUCAGGCUUUGCCUGUUAAGCUGAUUGGCAUGAACUGUGAUUUAAUGAAGCAGUACAUUGAAUUUGUGGCUGACAGACUGAUGCUGGAGUUGGGUUUCAACAAGAUUUACAAAGUAGAGAACCCCUUUGACUUCAUGGAAAACAUUUCCUUGGAGGGGAAAACCAACUUCUUUGAGAAGCGAGUAGGAGAGUACCAGAGGAUGGGGGUCAUGUCUGGACCCACAGACAACACCUUCAGGCUUGAUGCGGACUUCUAAACUUGAAUGGAAAGUGAAUGGACGCUUGUAAAUCUAACACUUGAAGAGGUGAUGGUCCACAGAGCACCUCAGUUUCUUACCAACAUUGUCACUUGUCAGGACUGCUGGAACAUCAUGACUGCUGAUGGACUUCGCAGUGUAGAUGUUCUGUUAAGCAUGUGGUUGGUUGUUUUUAAAAAGCUUUUGGAAUGUGUAAAUUCCAAAUGCAGUAAAGCUUUUAUAUAUUUUUUUCCCCCUUUUUUUAUUGUAACUUUCUACAAAUGGUGCUGAUUAAUUUAUAGCUUGUACAAACAGCCUUUCCUGCUUUAAAUACUGCUUUCUUAAUGCCUGACCUUCCAGCCUUGCUUUCGUCUUGAUGCUGUUAAAGAUGUAAAUAAAUUUUUCAUGGAA